CAUCGCAACUCAUUUUUUCUGAUGAAUCUGCAUAUGAUAAAAGAACUCUUUCACGUAGAUAUGGAUGGAAUAUAUCUGGUUUUCGUGCAAAAAAACCUUCUUUUUUUGUUCGAGGUAAAAGAUUUACAAUAGAAGGUGCAUUGUGUGUAAAUGGUCUCUUAGCAUAUGGGAUCCAGAAAGGAUCAAUGGAUGCUUGCGAUUAUGAAUAUUUGUUGAACACAUUUUGUGUUCUUGUGUUAGAUAAUGCAUCUAUACAUAAAGGAAGAAAUUUACACGAUCUUUGUGAAGAAAAAGGCAUCAUUCUUCAAUUUUUACCACCAUAUUCUCCAGAUUACAAUCCG